AUGGAUGAAUUGAGGCUCAAAGUGAUGGUGUGGAGUGGAAUCUACAAGUUACAUACUAAAAAUCGCCUUCUGGGUAUAUGCCACGACGUGUACAGAGUUCUAAUGAUAUUAUACAUGUCGAUAUACACUGCCCAGCAUUGCGUUUUCUUCUACAUGAAUGUUACACGUGGGGACGUAAUUAACUGGCAAGUGGCCGUAUUCAGUCUAACAAUGUUAAACAUGGUUGUUAAAGUCAUCACAAUUUACAUGCACCCUGAGAGCAUAGAUGAAAUACAUGAUUUAAUUAAAGAUCCUAUGUUUGCUGCAACAUGUAAGGAAGAUGAAGAUGUCAUCAAGAAAAAUGAACAUCACAUUGGUUUGUAUAUAAAAAUCACGUACCUAGCGGUGAUUGCAUGCUUGUUUUUUUGGGUGGCUUUAAUUAUUGUCACCAGAGUUGUGGAUGACACUGCUAUACCCCCAUCGUAUUUUCCGUUUGCUACUAAUCCGUGGCCACAGUACAUAAUCGCUACAUUUGUGGAAACUGUGGGAUCCACCUUCUGGGCUGGAUUCGGGCACAUGAGUAUAGACUGCAGUGUAGCGUGCUACUACGCCCGUGCUACAGCUCAGCUGAGAAUUAUAAGAUACCACUUGGAGCAUUUGUUUGACAACGGUGGAGCUCAGGGUCGUUUUCAAUAUAAAGAUGUUCUAGACAGAAGUUUAGACGAGAAAUUCGUUUACUAUAUUCGGCGCUAUCAAUAUGUCAAUAGGAUGAUUGAUAGCGUGAGUGACGGUUUUAACUGGGGUAUAGCAUUUCAUAUAUGUAGCGUGACAACCGGCAUCAGUAUGUGUGUCUUUGUAAUGAGCACCAGAGACAUCUUCUCAUUGGAUAUGUUAUUCAUGGUUACCAUAUUUGUCCUUCUUCUAUUAGGAAAUUUUAUGUACUGUUACUGCGGAGACUUGGUGAAAAGCGAGAGCGAUCAGGUGUGCACGUCAAUGUACUUCAGUGAUUGGACAGUAGUGUCGCCGCGGUUCCGGCGUAUGAUGCUGAUAGCAAUGCCUCGCUGGGCGCGUCCGAUCGAGCCUCGUGUGACCAUUGUACCCAUCUCGCUUACUACAUUCGCAUCGAUUUUACGUUUCUCAUACACAUUGUACACCAUGAUGAGAACUAGAACGAUGUAGAAAUUGAGAUUCUUAAUUAGUAUUUGCACUAUUAAUUUUCCUGAUCUAUGUAUAAUGUAAUCCAUGUUUUACAUUACCAUGUUGAUUUUUAAUCCUUUCUUUUAAUUAUAAGGCACAUACAAUAAUACUGAAUCUCUAUCAUAACAUUCUCGCAAAAAUGCAUUCAUUUACACAUCUUGUAUUUUCUGUUCCUGUUUACUCACACUUGAAAAGCAAUAUUCUAUGUACAAAUAUUUGUGAAAACUUUUUUGCAAAUAUUAGGUUUAAUUUUUGUAAUUCUUGUACUGAAUAACAUGCACAACAAUAAAAUAAAAUAAAA